AUGGAUGAGCGUCAAAUAAGCGAUAAAAUAAAAGUCUUAAAUGUUUUCCAAAAUGAAGAAAUAACAAACAAAUCACAAGUUCCCAACAAAUUCGAGUUUGAAAAGGGAGUGAUAAGGAAUGCAAUUAUUUCGCCAACUUCAAGUAAAUCUAUAAAAAAUGAAAAAAUGAAAAAAAACUGUAUAAUAUUUAGAGAACAAUGUGAAUAUUGUUUAACAGACUUUUCUAUAAGUGGCUAUUUAAUAUUAACAAAAGAAUCAUUGUUAUUUGAACCCGAUUUAAGAGAUAAACAUGUUAUUAAAAAUGGAAUAGGAACAUAUCAAAUUUUUAUUGAUCUAUAUGAUAUAUAUGAAUGUGCUCACAUUGUCAUUCCAACAAAAUAUACUUAUUUAUAUAACAAUGAUGAUACAUGUGGUUUUAUUCAAAUAUUAUUAAAAAGCAUAUAUAUAGAAGAAACCAAAAUUUUAGCAAAUAAAAAAAGUAACAGUAAUGGUUAUUUUUAUACAAAUGUAAAUAACAAAGAAAGCAGCAAUAGUAGCUUAUCUAGCCCUACAUUGAACAUUUUUAACAAUAAUAACAAUAUUUAUGAUUCAAAUAAUAAUAAUAAUAAUAAUAAUUAUGAUGAUAAUAAUAAACAAAAAGGAAUGUCUUAUUAUAAAUAUAUAAGUAAAAGCUUAUCAUAUGUUUUAAAUUUAGCACAACCAUUAGUUCAAAAUGCACCAUUUAAAGGCUACAAAAUUAACCAACCAAACUUGGCAAACCCAACAAACUUGGCAAAUAACCAAGCAAAUUUUGCAAACCCAACAAACUUGGCAAAUAACCAAACAAAUUUUGCAAACCAAACAAACUUGGCAAACUUGAGUAGACAUAUAAUUCAUGAAGAAAUAGAAAAUGAACCAUUUCAAGAAACUAACAAUCAAACUGAAUUAACAUCCAAAUCAAAAAGAAACAGUUUUAUUCAUUUUGAUAUAUCAUCACCAAAAAAUAAUAUAAUUGAGCAUAUGCAUGAUAGUGAUUUAAAAAUAUAUCAAAAUAUAAAUGAAAUUAAUUAUAGCCAAGCUAUUUCAUCUCAUCCAAACAUUACAUAUAAAAAUAAUUAUAAUUCAGUUAAUUAUUCUAGCUAUAAUUUAAAAAGUGAUAAUAAUAAUAAUAAUUCAAACGUUUUUAAUAAAUCAAAAAAAAAUUCAUAUCCUAUUAUAAAAAAAAAUAAUUUUUCCCCAAAAAAUGGAAAUAUUUAUCCAGCACGAAAAACGGUUCCGAGUGAAAAAAUUAUUAAAAAUAAUAUACUUACAUAUUUGAAUCUACAAAAUUAUAAUAAAAUAAAUACUAAAUUAAAUGAUGAAAAUAGAGAAAAAUAUGAAUUAGACACUGAUAAUAAUACUAAUAUAGAAAAAGAAAAAACAAAUACAACUAUUCAAAAUUGUGAAUUUAACAAUUUCGAUGAAUCUAGUUAUGUGCACAUAGAUCAAAUAAAAAGAGAAGAUGUCAACAAUUUAAUAAGUGGCAAUAAUGAUGGCAAUAGCAGUAGUGGCAAUAAUAACGAUGCAUGCACAAGGCAAUCCCAAAAUUUGAUCGAAAUGGGCCCAAACCAAUCCAUAUCUAAAACCACAGAAGAAAUUGAAUAUAAUAAUGAACAAGAAAAUAAAAUUAUAAAAAUAAAAUCAUUACAAGGGAAUAUAGAAAAUGAUGAAUCACAUAAAAAAGGAAAUAAAAAAUAUGAAGAAAAAUGUUUUAUUUUAUUUCGUUUUUUUAAUAAUAAUACAGCAUAUGAAACAACAACUAAAAUAAUAACAGAAAUUGAUAAUGUAAAAAAAUCAGAAAAUAAAAUUAAAAAAACAAUAUCAUCUGUACCAUUUACAUCUAAUAAGUUAUUAAAACAUAUAAUUAAACAAUCCUUAAUAUAUCAAGAAUCAACAAAUUUAAAACAGGAAAGUUUAACAUCAAAUCCAAUGAAUGAUAUUAAAGAUUUUAGAUCUUUAGCAUUGGAACCUAAAUUAGAUUAUGUUAAUGAUGCUGUCAAAUUAUUAACAAAAGAUAUCUCUAAACAAAUUAAUUAUUAUUUACCACCCACAUUAAGUAUUAAAGUUUGGAAACUAGCUUUUUGUUCAAGUAUACAUGGUGUAUCAUUUAAAACAUUAUAUAGAAGUGUUGCUAAUAAAGGUAGCAUUAUUUUAUUAAUAUCGGAUAUGAACAAUGUUUUAUUUGGAUGUUUUCUUGAUAAAUUACAAUGUGAUACAUGUUAUUAUGGUUCCGGAGAAAAUUUCCUUUUUACUUUCAAAAAUAAAUCACAUAACUCAAAUUCUGAAAAUAGUAAAAAAAAUGUCGAAAAAAAAACUAACAGAAAUUAUUACGAUUCAAACAUUUGUGAAACAGACACAGAGAAUUUGAUAAUGUCAACUGAAUCAUCCAAAAAAGAAGAUGAAAAAAGUGAAAGAGAAGAUGAAAAAACAAUGUCAAUAACAAAAGAGGAUGAACAAAAUAAAGAUCCUAUAAAAAGUGAUUAUAUAAUUGAUCCAAAUUGUCCUGAACAUGAAAAAAUGACAUUAAUUAAUAAACUAAAUACACGAUAUGAAGGAAAUUUCGAAAAAUUAACUAAAAAUAAUUUGAGUCAAGAAAUACAACAAGAUGAUAUUAUUGAAUAUGAUAAUAAAUCAAAAAAUCAAACACAUUAUUAUGAUUUUAAAAUAAACAAUGAUAAUGAUAAUAAUAAAAAUGACACUACUAAUAGUAGUAACAGUUCUAGCGAUAGUUAUGGAACUAGUAAUUUCUUCCCGAAAAAUGAAAAAAAUGCCAACAAAAUCAGCAAAAAUAGCAACAACAAUAAUAGCAAAAACAAAAACAAAAACAAAUUUGGAAUAAACGAAAGAGAAAACAAAGCCAAUGACACACCAUCUAUUCAAGUCUAUAAUUGGACUACACGAAAUAAUUAUUAUGUCUAUUCAGACGAAAGGUCGAUAACAAUAGGAGGUGGUGAUAAUUAUGCAUUAGUUAUUAAUGAUGAUUUAUGUAAAGGUCAAACAAACAAAAGUACCACAUAUGAUAAUGAUUUAUUAACAUAUGAUGAAGAAUUUGAGAUACAAUUUUUACAAUUAUGGAUUUUUGAUGACACAUAA